UCCUGCGAUCAUACCAUCUAAUAAGAGAUGAGAUAGGAAAUUGUAUGUAUGCACGAAGUAAAUAGUUUUUCAUAAGUAAUGAACACUGACAUGCAUACAUGCAUCAUACAAUUGUUUUACAAUUAAAGAAGACUAAUUUUUCUGCGAAUGAAACUGUUGGAAAAUUUUAAACAAUUGUUAAAUUUUACUCAAAAUAUUCAUGCAAAUGUUUGAACCCCUAGCUUAACUUAUACUACUAACAUCAUUAUAUUAUUAAUUAAAAAUUUUUUUAAUCAAUAUGAAACAACUAUUACUCAUAUGAAAUUAAUGUGUCAAAGAAGAAUUUGAAACGUACUUUUUACAAAAAUUGUUAUUAAGUAAAAAGUAUUUUAAAAAAAAAAUGUUAUUCAAUCUUGUUAUAAUUAGUUGUAUUGUUUACGUGAUCAAUGCUCAAGGUUGUACAAUGGAUAAUGGGAGAGUUUUAUCCCCCGGUGAAGAAGUACGUCUAGCCAAUUUUCCAUGUGCAAUCUGUCGUUGUGAUCCGAAUACACGAGAAGUAGUCUGUGAAAGUGAAACUUGUCCAACUUUACAAUGUGGUGAAGAUGAAGGACAACUUCUUGAGCCUGGACAAUGUUGCCCAGAAUGUGUUGCAAAGAAUCGUGUGGAACCGGCAUUGCCUCAGGCUACACCACGUACGUACACUGACCAACCACAGACAACAAGAACACCAAGACCAACUGCUGAGCCAGCGUACACAUUACCACCUCCACCUCCACCAUUACCGGAUGGAACUCCAGGACUAAGAGGACCUAUCGGACCACCUGGACCUCCAGGACCACCUGGGGAUCCUGGUUUUGAUGGUGAAAAUGGAUUACCUGGUAUGCCUGGUCUCCCAGGUCCACCUCCUCAAGAUGUCGACGACUAUAUGCAACGUUCUAGAGCAAUGGUAAAAGGUCCAGUUGGUGAAAAUGUAACCAUGUACCAAGAUAUCAGAGUAACAAUGGGACCGCCGGGUGAACCAGGUGCACCAGGAUUCCCAGGAGUUAUAGGUGCACCUGGACCAAUAGGACAACCCGGGAUGAUGGGAGAUCCCGGUCCACCAGGAAACCCUGGAUCACGAGGACAUCCUGGGCCAGUUGGAAAUGACGGGAAAGCUGGACCAAUGGGUAGACCUGGGUUAAAAGGUGCACGAGGACCACGUGGUCUACCUGGAAUCAUGGGAGAAGCUGGACUUCCUGGAGCGAUGGGUCUUCGAGGAGAACGCGGAGAGCGUGGAGAAGAAGGUAUAAAGGGAAUGGCCGGCGAUUAUGGCCCGAAAGGACUUCCAGGGCCCGUUGGACCGAAAGGUUCAAUCGGCCUUCAAGGUCAGAGGGGAGAGCCAGGUCCUAGAGGAUUUAUGGGACUGCCAGGACCUAUAGGAGUUGAUGGAACAGAUGGUGUACCUGGAGCACCUGGUGAUCCCGGAGCACCGGGUCCUCAGGGAAGUUCUGGGUUACAGGGCCCAGAGGGGCCUAAAGGUCAGCCUGGUCUUCCUGGUCCGAAGGGGGAAGUUGGUUUCCCUGGAUUACGUGGAGACAGAGGGGCACCGGGACCAUCUGGAAAUCCUGGAAAACAGGGUGCUUAUGGACCUCCAGGAGCAAUCGGAAACAAAGGAGAGCCAGGAGAUCGAGGGCAUCCUGGUAAACCUGGAAUGAUGGGAAUCAGAGGAUUUUCUGGUGGCGAAGGAGAAAUAGGUCUUGUUGGCGCGAAAGGACCUGAAGGUUCAGUAGGGUUGCAAGGUGCUCAAGGUUUGCCAGGACCAGAAGGUAUCAAAGGUCGCCGCGGUGAGCGUGGUCCAUCAGGACCAGUAGGUGAACAAGGUAGUAGGGGUUUACGUGGUUCCGCCGGACAAUCGGGGGCCCCUGGACACGAAGGCAGUCGUGGUCUCCCUGGACUGCGUGGUCCUCCAGGUCCUGAAGGCCCGCCAGGUGCCACUGGACCAGCUGGAGCACCUGGUAUAACUGGUGCCGUUGGUGAGAAGGGAGCUCAAGGAGAUAUUGGCCCAAGUGGUCUCAGAGGCCCGACAGGCCCUAGAGGUUCCGUUGGAAAUCGUGGACAACCGGGACCAACUGGUGAACCCGGUCCCAAGGGUCCACUUGGAUCUAUUGGUCGGCCUGGCAUGCCUGGAGCGGCGGGUAUUCCUGGUCCACAUGGGCCUCAAGGGGGGCAAGGUUUACGUGGUCUGCCUGGUUCAGUGGGAAAAACUGGCGACCCGGGUGCGGUUGGAUCAAAAGGUCCCAGAGGCGACAGAGGUCCGCGAGGCGAACCUGGGCCCCCAGGUCCAUUUGGGCCAUCAGGCGAAAAGGGUCAACGUGGGCAAACUGGUAAGCGUGGUCCUAUGGGAGUAGAAGGCAGAGUUGGUCCUGAGGGUUCACCAGGAACACCUGGUAAACCAGGAGAUCCUGGGCCAGCUGGAGAACCAGGACAAAUUGGUCCACCCGGACCUCCAGGAGAACGUGGAGCUCCAGGGCAAAUGGGCCCACCAGGGCCACCUGGGAGAGCUGGGGACAAAGGAGCUUCUGGUCCAGUUGGACGUGAUGGCCCUAAAGGUGAGAGGGGUGAAAAAGGUGAAAUGGGAGACAGUGGGACAGUCGGUGUCCCAGGUCUUAUUGGUAAUACGGGAAUUCGUGGUGAAAGGGGAGAAAAGGGUGACAGAGGGCCUACUGGACCACGCGGGGAACCUGGACCAACAGGUGCUCCAGGACAAAGAGGAGCUGACGGCCCUAUGGGACAUCCUGGGCCCCAAGGACGACCUGGCAACAAGGGAAUACUAGGAAUUCGUGGUUACCAGGGAGACAAAGGCAUACCAGGAGAUCAAGGACCGCAAGGCAUUCCGGGUGAUGCAGGUAUGCCAGGACCACCUGGCCCGCCUGGGUCUGUUGGGAUGAAAGGUCUUAAAGGGGAGAUGGGUCCACGUGGACCUCGCGGUGAGGCUGGCAACAUGGGAAUAAAAGGAGUUCAAGGACCUCCUGGACCUAAAGGUCUCCCUGGAUUACCAGGUCAACAGGGUGAUAGGGGCCAACCAGGUGUACAAGGAGAUCAAGGAUCGGAAGGUUUGGUUGGAGAACCUGGACCCCAAGGACCACCAGGAGAAAACGGUCGACCAGGCCCCCCAGGACCUGCUGGACAAGCUGGACCUAAAGGUGAAGUUGGAGAUCCAGGGCUCGAAGGACCAGCAGGUUCAGACGGUAUGGCUGGACUUCCGGGUCCUGCAGGUGAUAAGGGAGAACGAGGAGAUCCUGGAUUACCGGGUACAGUAGGUCCGAUUGGACCAGAUGGUGAUCAAGGACCAAGUGGAGCACCGGGGAAAAUUGGACCACCUGGACCACCUGGUAAUGUUGGCAAGCCAGGGGAAAUGGGUCCACCAGGAAAUGCUGGUCUACCUGGAAGAACAGGUUUACCUGGUCCUCCUGGAAAAGAUGGUCAGGCAGGAAAACAAGGUCCUCGUGGUGAGGAAGGACCUCGAGGACCAGACGGAAAUCCAGGAAUGCAGGGUCCACCUGGAUCAUCAGGAGUUAAGGGUCCACCAGGCAGCAGGGGACCAAUCGGCCCAACUGGAAUCAGAGGACCUCCCGGGCUUAUCGGGCUACCGGGCCCACCAGGGAAACCAGGAAGUCAAGGAAGACCUGGCAAACCAGGUCCAGAUGGAUUUGAAGGAAAACGAGGCCCUCCAGGAGAAAUAGGAAUACCAGGUGUUCCUGGCAGCAAAGGACCAGUUGGAGAUGAAGGGGAACCGGGUUCAAGAGGUGCAGCCGGAAAUAUGGGUCUCACCGGACCACCUGGUGAUGGUGGGCCGCCUGGAUUACCAGGAAGUCCAGGUUCAAGAGGACCACAAGGACCUUUGGGUGAAGUUGGCCUCAAAGGCGAAACUGGUCUUCCAGGAGUUCCAGGACCCAUCGGGCAACCAGGACCAAUGGGACCACCAGGUAUUCAAGGUCCACCGGGUGAACCAGGACCUCCAGGGAAUGAUGGUCCUCCGGGAGCUCCUGGUUUACCUGGACCACCAGGAGAGUUUAAAACUGAUUAUACAUCAUUGUUUAGUCGUAGAAGAGAUUCAGAAGUUGGAUUAAUGCAAGCCGAUGAACCUCGUAAUCGAGGUAGGAGAAUACGUCGAUCUUAUGAUUGGAAUGAUGAAGAUUAUGAUCCAAGCAAAGAGACUGAUCCGAAUGAUGAGGAGGAAGAUAUUUUUGAAGCAUUACGUCAAGUUGGAAAACUUGUGAAUAGUUUGAAUAGUGGAAGUGGAACUCAAUUCAAUCCGGCACGAACAUGUCAUGAUUUAAAAAGAGAUCAUCCAGAGAAAAAAGACGGUAUCUAUUACGUUGAUCCAAAUGGUGGUCAUUGGAGAGAUGGUGUAAGUGUUUAUUGUCGUUUAAGUGGUCUAGAAACUUGUGUCAGUCCUGUUACAGAACAAAUGUCAUCAAUUUAUUUAUCACAAAUUAAACAAAAACGAUUAUGGUAUUCGGAAUUUUUAAUGAAAUCAGAAAAUGCUCAAAUUGAAUAUCAUAUGCCAAAAGAUCAAUUAGUAUUUCUUCAAAUGUCAAGUGAAGUAGCUAUACAACGAUUAAAAGUCAAUUGUCGUAAUAUACAAAAUAUUUUACAAAUUAUAUCUUUAUUAAGUGAUAAUAACAUGUUGAUUGAAUUCAAUGAAACUAUACCAUUAUUUUCUAUUGAAAUUGAAGAGAAUACAUGUACGCACAGACAAAGUGGAAGUCUCCUACUCACUGUACGUACAAAACAACCAACUUUAUUACCAAUUCGUGAUAUUCGAAUAACAACUGAUCAAUUGUAUGAUGCUGAAUUAUCCUUAGAAAUUGGUACAAUUUGUUAUGGUGGUAUGGAUCCGGAACAAUUUAAUAUCACUGAUACUGACAAUAACAAUAAUAAUAAUAAUAGUAAUAAUAUUAAUAAAGAAGAUCCAAAUUAUACUAAUUAUGAUAAUACUGGGCGUAAAUCUCAUCUUGAAGCAAAAAAAUCCACAUUCAAUGACAUGAAUAACAAUGUUAGACUUGUAUCUGAAUUGUUUUAAACUAAGACUGUUGUUGUGAACUAGCUACUUCUAAUGUUAUUAUUAUUAUUAUUAUUACUACUACUAACAAUAAUGAAAAGAUUUAUACUGAUUUAAACUAAACUAAUAAAAUAAUGCUUAUCAGGUAAAUAAAAUAUUAUCGAAUGUGCUUUAUCUUUGAGAAAGAAAAUUUGUAAAUUUAUGUCAAAAUAAAAAUGCAAUAUGAAUAAAUAAAUAAAUUUAAAAAAAAAAAUAAAGAAUGAA